AUGUUCAACGCAACACAACAUCGCGGCCAGCCCAAUCUGGGGCCCGCGCCUCCUGGACCGCCAAAUCACCGUCUGAAUGAGAUCUUUGACUCUCUACGGGCAGAGUUCGAGAAUCAGAACCGCGCCUCGGAGCAAGUCGAGAAUCAAGUGUCUCAACAAAUUCAAGAGAUGGAACUGAUCCGCAACAAGGUUUAUCAGCUCGAACAAAACCAGCUGAAGAUGAAGCAAGACUAUGAGGCUGAGAUUCGCAUGUUACGACACGAGCUCGAACUACGUGGUGGACCUCAAGUACAAUCUCAUAUCGGCGCCCCUGCUCAACACAGCGGCCCCGCGCAAGCUCCUCCUUCCCUCGGCCACGGUCAGGGUGGCCUUUUUAGUGGCAUCAUGGCCAACCAAGGUCAAGGCGGUCCAGGACUCGCUCCACCCCCAGAACAACCUGCUCCUCAACAGCAUCCUCUACAACCUCCUCCACCCACUGGUCAACCUCAAGGCCCUCCCCAACCGCCGUCUGCCUUUCCAGGCUAUGGCCAGCAAGGACCGACCCUGAACGGCUACGGCCCACAGGCUCAGCCUCCCACAAACUCCCCGGGGCUUGGAAAGAACAGGAACAUGACUACACGAGGCGGUCCAGGACCUGCUACACCUCAACAGCAUCCGGGUCAGCCACAACCGAUGCCAUAUCAGAAUGACCCAAGAGCGUCGCCACAAAUUCCGCGUCCAACACCUCCAGGAAGUGACAUGCAACUAGGACCCCGUCAUCAGAUCCCAGGUCAAGGACAUUAUCCCAAUGUUGGCAACGUGCUGGCCGAUCUCAAUCCUGACGACCUCCCCGACCACUUGAAGCGUAUGGGCGCCAAUGGCGAAUGGCAUGCCGUCUUCAAUCCCAACGUCCCGCGUGUGCUCGACAUCACGCUCUUGCACAACCUCGUCCACGAGUCAGUCGUGUGCUGCGUACGUUUCUCUAAUGAUGGCAAGUACGUCGCGACAGGUUGCAACCGCAGCGCGCAAAUCUUCGAUGCUAGAGACGGUCGCAAAGUCUGCGAAUUGCUCGAUGAAAAUGUCCAGGACAAAGACGGUGACCUGUACAUCCGUUCCGUGUGCUUCUCUCCUGACGGCAAGUUGCUGGCGACCGGUGCUGAAGACAAGAAGAUCAGGGUUUGGGACAUUGAGACCAGACAGAUCCGAACCAUUUUCGAUGGUCACGAGCAGGACAUUUAUUCCCUCGAUUUCUCUCGAACUGGCCGACUGAUUGCCUCGGGAUCGGGCGACAAGACUGUCCGUCUCUGGGACAUCGAAUCGAAUCAACAAGUCAUGGUCCUUUCUAUCGAGGACGGUGUUACCACCGUAGCCAUGUCACCCGAUGGCCGCUUUGUGGCUGCUGGAUCUUUGGAUAAGAGUGUCCGAGUCUGGGACUGCUCCAGUGGAUAUCUCAUUGAACGAUUGGAAGGGAUGCAAGGUCACAAGGACAGUGUCUACUCGGUAGCAUUUUCGCCGAGUGGACGAGAAUUGGUCAGCGGCAGCUUGGACAAGACCAUCAAGAUGUGGGAACUCACCCCACAACGAGGACUGAUCCCAUCGGCGCAGGCCAAGGACGGUAAAUGCAUCCGGACAUUCGAAGGACACAAGGAUUAUGUGCUCUCGGUUUGUCUUACCCCUGGUGGAGAAUGGGUCAUGUCCGGGUCGAAAGACCGGGGCGUGCAGUUCUGGGAUCCAAACACUGGCAACGCACAGAUGAUGCUUCAGGGACACAAGAACUCGGUCAUUUCGGUGGCUCCUUGUCCGACCGGACACUUGUUCGCUACCGGAUCAGGAGACAUGAAGGCUCGUAUCUGGCAAUAUACCACCUGGAGAGGAGCGCAUCAAGGCAUCUAGGGGAGGUCUGAGAGGGGAAUGAGUAUCUUUUCGGACUCCACUACCGCGGAGGACUGGAGUGGGGGGCAGAGCACCGAACAGAGCACCGAUCACAGCCUUAUGUCGCUGAGGUCUCUCAGUGAGGAGAUGCGGAAUCUUAACCCGGAUGAGCCAGGACCAUCAAAGAAGGGUAAGGGUCCAAAGAAGGGAAAAUUUAUGGAAUAUUCGUGACUCGGUUUAUUGGGUUAUGGUUGGUUGAAAUGUCGGCGAGGUGUAUUGGGCUGCGCUUCUUUGCUGUGGCAGGCAAAGGCCUUCAGGGGCGAGACACAGAGGGGCCGCUUUUCUUGGGGAUGAAAUUUGAUUUUGUUGCUUUGCGUC